AAUAGACAAGUUGCCUAGUUUCAUGCACUAAGCUUACCCAUAAAAUCAGAUACAUCACAUGGUUGCAUCAAUCAUAAAAACAAAGAGAGAGAGAGAGGCAUGACUGAAGAGAGCCCAGAAGAGGAUCAGGGGUCUCCUGAAAUAGCCGAAACGAAUCCAGGAAGCCCUUCUUCAAAGACCAACAACAACAACAACAACAUCAACAACAAAGAACAAGAUCGGUUCCUUCCCAUUGCUAAUGUCGGAAGGAUCAUGAAAAAGGUUCUUCCCGGUAACGGUAAGAUCUCGAAAGAAGCCAAAGAAACCGUUCAAGAAUGCGUCUCGGAGUUCAUCAGUUUUGUCACUGGUGAAGCUUCUGAUAAGUGUCAGAGAGAGAAGAGAAAGACCAUCAACGGAGAUGACAUCAUUUGGGCUAUUACAACUCUCGGAUUCGAAGACUACGUGGCUCCAUUAAAGGUUUACCUCUGCAAAUACAGAGACACCGAGGGAGAGAAAGUUAACAGCCCGAAACAGCAACAGCAACAACAAAGACAACAGAUUCAACAACAGAACCAUCAUAACUACCAGUUCCAAGAACAAGACCAGAACAACAAUAACAUGUCAUGUACUAGUUACAUCUCUCAUCAUCAUCCUUCUCCAUUCCUACCCGCCGAUCAUCAACCAUUUCCCAAUAUUGCUUUCUCUCCUAAAUCAUUGCAGAAACAGUUCCCGCAGCAGCAUGAUAACAUUGAUUCCAUUCACUGGUGAGAGACUUUCGUUUUUAUUUUUAUUUUCUUUUUUCUUUCUAUAAGUUAUAUGCUUUCUUUACCUUUUGUGAGUACAAUCUUGAUCCUUAUAUAAACAAACUGUUGCUAUAUAGACACAUUAGAUACGUACAUCUUGAUAACUUGAGUAUUACCCAUGUCAUGAUUUUGUGUAACAGAAUACUUCAAUUCUUCAUAUAUUUUCGGAUUAUGAUAAAAAUUGAAUCACACAAGAGGAUAUGUAGCAAGUCAGAGAACACAACUGGGUUUCAUCUGGUGAAUAUUUGGUUUAACUCAUGGUUUCUAAAAAUAAAAUAAAAAAUCUGAAUGAAUGUUGAUAAUCAAAGACUUUUUGAACCUUUUUUUACCAAAAAAGUGAUACCUAUCAUCUUACUAUUUGAAAGUUACCAAAAUGUUAUACCUGAUCAUUACACUAGAGA